CCGCCGCUAAAUCAAAAUCGUAGAAGAGAGGAGAACUUGUCCAAAUCACACAGCUUUUUGUUGUUACUUGACGUUAUUUGGUCGUUGGCUUUCUUCUUCAUUCUCUAUCGUGUGAAUUAACGGUCUUCAAUUUUGACCGUUAAGAAAUAUGGCGGGUCCGUCACCUUCACCGUCUCUGACUAACAAUGGUCUCUCAGCCACCGUCACGCCUCCUACGAACCUCCGUGGUCGCAACAAACCCAAGUGUAUCCAAUGCGGCAACGUGGCUCGCUCCAGAUGCCCCUUUCAAUCUUGUAAGGGUUGCUGUUCGAGAGCAGAGAACCCCUGCCCUAUUCACGUUCUUAAAGGAGUUGCAACUUCUGCUGAGAAAACAGCACCAAGUACUCCAUCGUCAGACCACAAAGCAUCCGAGGGCACUCCUGGGAGUUCAACUAGAUUUUCAUCAAUCCGCCAUCUUUCUAGCAACUUUGCUCAGUUUAAUAACCUCAAUGCUACUGCUCGCCAGAGAAAGCCUUUGACGAUUAAGGAUGCUCAAGCGUUAAACGAGUGGCGGUUUACAAAGCUGAAAGAGUACAGAGACAGAAACAUUGAAGCGGAGGAUGAAGCUUUUGAUCGGUACUUGAGUAAUGUGAGUCUACUUGAAGAAGCCUUUUCAUUGGCAUUUGUUCCCGAAGAGGCAGCAGCUUCUGAGCGAAACAAGGAGGAAAGAGCUGUUUUGGAGCUUAAACUGAGGCUGAGAUCAAACUCCGCAAGAACAGAGAGCUUCAAAAAGCGGAUCAACGAGACUAUCAAAGCCGGUUUGGUGAAGGUUCAGAAACGGGGUGGCAAAUCAGAUGAUCAAGAUGAAGUAAAAAGACGGAUCAAAAGACGUAAAUGGGAGGAGAAGACUUCAGCUUUGAAUGAAAUAAUCGACAAACUGAACAAAGCAAGAACCGAAGAGGAUCUCAAAUCUUGCACAGAGUUGAAAUCAAAGCACUAUGGUCAAGUUUCUUCCAGUUCUACAUCCGAACACAACAAGAUUUUCCCUGCUUAUGUCCGAAAAGUUGAGGUCUGUGAAGAUGCAUUUCUUCAAGAAACUGGCGAGCAACUACAAUCUUUUGACUAAGUUAUAACUUUGUGAGGACAGUCAAGAGCAAACUACAAUCAUGUCGAUGAAUUGAAUGUAUUGGUGGAGAGGAAAACUUCAUUGGCUAUAUAUUGGUAUUUAAAUGAGCAAAGAUCCUUCAAAGCCAGUCCUCAAGAUUGUUGGGUAAAGUAAUGUUGAGCAUAAAUUAGCUAUUGAAUGGAGAAAGCUCGGUUGAUUCCAAGAUUAAAAAACUAUAUACUAUUAUUUGUGAAGUGAUUU